AUGUCAAAGUCUCUUUGGUCAUAAAUGGGAGUUAAUCCCAAGACUUCAUUUUAUUACUCUAAUGGAACAGGUAGAGAUUCAUAUAUUAUGCAUGAUAAUGGUGGAACUGUGAAAGCCAAAUCAAAUUAUGGAUAUCCUCAACCUAGUAGAUAUAUAAAGACCUCUAACGGACCAAGAUCUUAUAAACCAUAAUCGGAUAAUAAAGUCGUUCAUUACAUCUCCGAUGGAUCAGGAAGAGAUAACUAUAUCCUUGUUAAUUCAGGAGGUUUAACAAAUUAUACAUACAGCUCAAAUUUAAAAUUCUUAAGAGGACUGAGAGAAGAUACAACUCCUUAGUUUGAUCAAAUCCAAAAAGCUAAACUAUACAAUCCCGACUUGAAUCGUCGACAAAGACUUUGGUCAGCAUAAAAUAGUAGACCUAAAAGAAUAAGUGUUCCAUUUGAAUAGUAAUUAGAAGAAGUUACUAGAAAAAGAUUAUCUACCCUUCAAUCAUUAAACAAUUUUUGA